GCUCAACUUUACGCCUGAAACUUCAACCACCUCCCCGCAAGAUGAGCAGGAGGGACAGGGGAUGGGGCUGUGGUCAGUCCUUAAUGUUUCGUCUCUGCUGCUCCUCCGUGGCCACUGUCUUCCCCCAUGAAGGAUGCUGCUGAAUCCAGAACUGAUCCUGUCUGAGCUUCCCACAGGCUGCAGCGCUCCAAGCCCUGCCCCAGCACGGCUUUGAACCGUGAGGUGUAUCUGUCAGGCACUGCUCCACCCAGGUCCCCGUGGCUGGCAGCUCCCCCUGGCCUCCGCCCCCACUGCGGGCUGCUCUCCGUGGGCUGCAGCUCCAGCCCAGGGCUGCUCCAUGUGCUUUGGCCUCCUCCAGGCCUCGUCCACUGCUGCACCGUGGGCUCCUUCCUGGCUGUGCGUGGAGGUCUGCCCUGCGCAGUGCCCACGGGCUGCAGGGGGACAGCCUGCUCCACCAUGUGGAGCAGAAAUGGCUGCAGAGACAUUGAAUGCCUUCCUCACCACUGUCUUCAACGUGGAUGAUGAGCUCUGGGAAACCCAGAGACAUGAGUUGGAGGACUGUGACUGUGAUAAGAAUAAACCCCCGGACAACCCCAAACGUGUGUAGGGUUUGCUGCUGCAGCUGGAUGCAUGCAAGUCUACGAGACCCGCACGGGUUCAUCCCGUGGAACUGCAAGGAGCUCCAUAGGACUCCAUUUCAGGGCCAGUUGUCUUUCACGUUUUCCGCACUUGGUUGGAUACAGGAAUUGAAAGUAUAGGAGACAACUCUGUGAAUGACACUGAGCCGGGAGGAACUGUUGAUUCCCUGAGGGUGCGCAGGCCUUGCAGAGAGAUCUGGACAAACUGAGGGGGUGCUUUUAUAAUUUCUUUGGGGAGCCCAGGUGUCUGAUCAUGCAUCUUUGAAUCAUGGCUGGCGAUCAGUUUCCUUUUAUAGAUUCCUUCCAAUUGUUUUUUUAGCCCUAACCUGCAUUGUUUCUGCUGGAGCCCUCGGGUACACAUAAGAUGUUCAGGUAGCACAUGCUGCCAGCGCGGAUCCGGGUCUCGUUACUCAGCCAAGCCAAUUGAAUGCUGUGAAGCACACCUUCCAAAAUACGGAUUAAAGGAACCUCGGCUCUGACAACACCACACAAGCACAAGAUUUUGUUUGCUUUUGAUUUAAUAGCAUAUCUUUCUCUUUUAGUAACACUUCCGGUGAUGCAUGAAUAAACAGAAGCAAUCUAUUAAAAAAUGUCCGAUGCAAACAAAAUUCUCCCCGGGAGGAUACUGUGGAAGACCGUGCUGAAGUCUAGGUAGACUACCUCAGCAGCCUUUCCCUCAUCUACCCAUCCGGUCACACGGUCAUAGAAGGAGAUGAUGUUGGGCAAGCACAACCUGCCUUUCAUGAGCCCGUGCUGGCCGGGCCCGAUCCCCUGGAUGUCAUGCACGUGCCGUGUGAUGUGUACGGAGAUGAUUUGCUCCGUAACUUUCCCUGGUACCGAGGUCAGGGAAGAGACAGGAGAGAGGAGAGUGGAGGAGUGCAGUGAUGCGGCUGUGCUUGUGACAGCAGCAGACGCGUCACAGCGGGGGGGCGGGGCGUUGUCAGGAGGCUGUCAGAGUAGAGGCAGCGCUGCGGCACUUUGGCCUAGGCCUUCGAUAGCGCAACGUACGCUGGCCGCUGGCGACAGCGACCAGCAAAGUUCCAGCAGCGAGGAGGAGGAGGAGGAGGAGGAGGAGGAGGACGAGGAAGAGGAAGAGGAAGAGGACAGUGACUUGGACGAGACACGCGACGUAGGCAGAGUUUGGGCCGACAGCACCCAGUGGCCAGCGCCACACGCGGCCGGCAAGUGCCAGCUGGUGGAGGAGCUGGUGGACGACCUUCUUCGUGCCUGCCGAGGAAAAACGUGCCACAGCUUCGUGCCCCGGCUGCAGCCGGCCAUCGGGGUGGCCUGCGUCUGUGAAGGAUGGAGUGCCCAGGAAGACAACGUCAUCUACCGCCUGCUCGUGCCCAUGAGAGCUCCCCCUGGGCACGCCUUCCGUGUGGAGCUGGGCAACCCAAAGGGGGCAUCAAAAAGGAAGUCCUGUCUGCGUGUGGAGCUGGAGUGCAUGUGUGCGAGGGAGCGGCUGCUGGGGGACAUGCUCUGCUUUCUCCACCACACUCGGAGGGAGCUGAGAGAAAACCAGGAAGCCAGCCUCCUCAACACCUUGUGCAGGGCCUCCUACCUGGACGUGCAGAAAACCACGCGCUGGUUCCAGCAGCGGGUGAAAGCAGCCUGGAAAUGUCUGCCUCAGUCGCGUGACUGGGGCCUGGAGCUGGUGCCCUCCGACCACUCCUGCAAGAUCAAGCUGACCCCCCCCUCCAAGAGCACCUUCACCAUCGAGAUGACUCUUGGGGUGCAGCUUGAUGAAUCGGGCACGUUCCUGAGCUUUGACUAGGCUCAGACUAUGCUUCCGUCUUCUUCUCUGUUUCUGUCUUUCCAAGUAUGUCCUUCUCUCUCUUAAAUAAAACUAAUAGUAGUAUUAACCAUACCAGCGCUCCUCUCGUUCUUCCCGCUGAGCACCGAUGCUGAGCACGUAGGGAUGUGCUGUGAGAAGAGAGGAGCACACAAAAGCGUGGCACUGACCUGUACCAUGCAGGACUUAAGCUCUUCUGCCUACGCAGGUAAACCCACUAUGAGGGGACCUGCUGAAAACUCAAUUAUCCCAGUUCCUGCAUCAUCACAGAGCAUCGCCGUGUCUUAUUCAAGCCGCCGGACCUUCCUCUGUGCUUGGCGUAAGGCAGAUGGCUGUGUCAGCAUCAGGGAAGGGAGAUCUGGUACCUCAGCAAGCAGGGAGAAAAUAUGAUCAAACAGCUUGUGGGUUGAGACAGGGACAGGGACAUCUCUCACCAGCUACCAUCCCAGCUUUUGGAAGACAAAGUCAAUUUAUUGCCAGUUAAUGACAGGGUUGAACAGUGAAAACAAAGCAAAUCUAAAAAAAACCCACUUUUCUCCUACAACCUCUACUCUCAAGGCUCAACUUUACGCCUGAAACUUCAACCACCUCCCCGCAAGAUGAGCAGGAGGGACAGGGGAUGGGGCUGUGGUCAGUCCUUAAUGUUUCGUCUCUGCUGCUCCUCCGUGGCCACUGUCUUCCCCCAUGAAGGAUGCUGCUGAAUCCAGAACUGAUCCUGUCUGAGCUUCCCACAGGCUGCAGCGCUCCAAGCCCUGCCCCAGCACGGCUUUGAACCGUGAGGUGUAUCUGUCAGGCACUGCUCCACCCAGGUCCCCGUGGCUGGCAGCUCCCCCUGGCCUCCGCCCCCACUGCGGGCUGCUCUCCGUGGGCUGCAGCUCCAGCCCAGGGCUGCUCCAUGUGCUUUGGCCUCCUCCAGGCCUCGUCCACUGCUGCACCGUGGGCUCCUUCCUGGCUGUGCGUGGAGGUCUGCCCUGCGCAGUGCCCACGGGCUGCAGGGGGACAGCCUGCUCCACCAUGUGGAGCAGAAAUGGCUGCAGAGACAUUGAAUGCCUUCCUCACCACUGUCUUCAACGUGGAUGAUGAGCUCUGGGAAACCCAGAGACAUGAGUUGGAGGACUGUGACUGUGAUAAGAAUAAACCCCCGGACAACCCCAAACGUGUGUAGGGUUUGCUGCUGCAGCUGGAUGCAUGCAAGUCUACGAGACCCGCACGGGUUCAUCCCGUGGAACUGCAAGGAGCUCCAUAGGACUCCAUUUCAGGGCCAGUUGUCUUUCACGUUUUCCGCACUUGGUUGGAUACAGGAAUUGAAAGUAUAGGAGACAACUCUGUGAAUGACACUGAGCCGGGAGGAACUGUUGAUUCCCUGAGGGUGCGCAGGCCUUGCAGAGAGAUCUGGACAAACUGAGGGGGUGCUUUUAUAAUUUCUUUGGGGAGCCCAGGUGUCUGAUCAUGCAUCUUUGAAUCAUGGCUGGCGAUCAGUUUCCUUUUAUAGAUUCCUUCCAAUUGUUUUUUUAGCCCUAACCUGCAUUGUUUCUGCUGGAGCCCUCGGGUACACAUAAGAUGUUCAGGUAGCACAUGCUGCCAGCGCGGAUCCGGGUCUCGUUACUCAGCCAAGCCAAUUGAAUGCUGUGAAGCACACCUUCCAAAAUACGGAUUAAAGGAACCUCGGCUCUGACAACACCACACAAGCACAAGAUUUUGUUUGCUUUUGAUUUAAUAGCAUAUCUUUCUCUUUUAGUAACACUUCCGGUGAUGCAUGAAUAAACAGAAGCAAUCUAUUAAAAAAUGUCCGAUGCAAACAAAAUUCUCCCCGGGAGGAUACUGUGGAAGACCGUGCUGAAGUCUAGGUAGACUACCUAGAGAC